AUGGCGACCCAAAUACCGAACCGGCAGUUAUUCAUCAAUGGCGAGUGGCGAGAACCAGCACUCAAGAAACGCAUCCCCAUCAUCAACCCUGCCACUGAAGAAACCAUUGGGGAUAUUCCUGCAGCAACUGCUGAAGAUGUGGAGAUUGCAGUGGAGGCUGCUCGAAAAGCCCUGGCCAGGAACAAGGGUAGAGAUUGGUCCUCCGCGUCUGGGGCGGUUCGUGCCAAGUAUUUGCGUGCUAUUGCUUCUAAGAUAAAAGAAAGAAAAUCUGAGCUAGCCAAACUUGAAGCAAUUGAUAGUGGAAAACCACUGGAUGAAACGACCUCUGACAUAGAUGAGGUUGCCGGGUGUUUUGAAUACUAUGCAGGCCUUGCUGAAGGUUUGGAUGCAAAGGAAAAGGCUCCUAUUUCUCUUCCUGCGGAGAAUUUUAAAUCUCAUGUUCUUCAGGAACCGAUUGGGGUUGUUGGGUUGAUUACAGCAUGGAACUACCCUUUAUUGAUGGCUGCAUGGAAAGUAGCUCCUGCCUUGGCUGCUGGGUGUGCUGCUAUACUGAAACCAUCUGAGUUGGCAUCUAUAACUUGUUUGGAGCUAGCUGAGGUGUGUAUAAAGGUCGGUCUUCCUCCCGGUGUCCUCAAUAUUCUGACUGGACUGGGCCAGGAAGCUGGCGCUCCUUUGGCAUCUCAUCCCCAUGUUGAUAAGGUUGCAUUUACUGGAAGUACUAUCACUGGGAGCAAGAUUAUGGCAGCUGCAGCUCAAUUGGUCAAGCCUGUUUCACUGGAGCUUGGUGGAAAAAGCCCAAUUGUUGUUUUUGAGGAUGUUGAUAUUGAGAAGGCUGUGGAAUGGACCUGCUUUGGCAUCUUUUUGACAAAUGGUCAGAUUUGCAGCGCAACCUCCCGUCUUAUAGUGCAUGAAAGAAUUGCAGCAGAGUUUAUGGACAGGCUUUUGAAAUGGUGCAAAAACAUCAAGGUUUCAGAUCCUAUGGAUGAAGGUUGUAGGCUUGGUCCUGUUGUUAGUAGAGGGCAGUACGAGAAAAUAUUGAAGUUCAUCUCAACAGCUAAAAGUGAAGGAGCAAAAGUUGCGUUUGGUGGGGGUCGUCCUGAGCAUCUAAAGAAAGGGUUCUUCAUUGAACCAACCAUCAUAACCGACGUAACAGCCUCGAUGCAAAUUUGGAGAGAAGAAGUUUUUGGACCUGUUCUUUGUGUAAAAACAUUUGGUUCAGAAGAGGAAGCUCUUGAAUUAGCAAAUGAUACCUAUUAUGGCUUAGGCGCUGCUGUGAUGUCAAAAGAUUCAGAAAGGUGUGAGCGCUUUUCUAAGGCCCUUCAGGCAGGAAUUGUCUGGAUCAAUUGCUCACAACCAUCCUUCAUUCAGGCUCCAUGGGGAGGCAUUAAACGAAGUGGUUUCGGCCGCGAAUUAGGAGAAUGGGGACUUCAUCUCUACUUGAGCGUGAAACAGGUGACUCAGUAUGUAUCUGAUCAACCUUGGGGUUGGUUCAAGUCGCCUUCAAAGCCAUGA